AUGUACGAAUACAUCAGAAACAGGGCAGAGGGUCCACUAGGACAAACGGCUGAUUGGUGCCUGGCCCAUCAGCUGACUCACAGCGGAGAGAAACGCUUCACCUGCAGCGAGUGCGGAGCCACUUUCCUUUACAAGGGUCACUUCCAAAACCACCAGAACAUUCACACGGGAGAGAGAGUGCACGGCUGGGACGAGUGUGACACAGCGUUCACAUCCAGAGGUGAGCUAACCAACCAUAAGUGCAUUCACAAGGGCUGGAAGCCACACAGCUGCGACGAGUGUGGGCAAGCGUUCGGAUGGCGAGGAACGCUGAUUCGUCACCUUCAUAUUCACUCUGGAGAGAAGCCAUAUUGGUGCGAGAUCUGUAAGAAGAUGUUUUCCCGGGAAUACGCCUUGGAUCAGCGCAGUCAGGCCGGAGAGAAACCGUAUGUGUGUUAA